AUGUCAUUUCCCUUUCUCUUCGCUUCACAGAUGCGCACAUUCAACGCACCUGGACGGCUGGAUCUUUCCACUGAAAUGCUUCUUCUUCCAGCGUGCUUCAGACCUUCACUUCGAAUAACCCUUUUUAAACCCUUUCUGUGGACCAACAUUGCUGCGAAGAAUAAGAGUAGCAGCAGCCUCUCUUUCCCAAUUGUUAGGGCAUCUUCCGUUUCAACCUUUUCCACUGCAAGCGAGGCCACUGUUAUGGCGCAAGAUGGACCGAUCAAUCAGCAUCCCUUGCAGGUGGCAAAGCGGUUGGAAAAGUUCAAAACCACAAUCUUCACACAAAUGAGCUCACUCGCCAUCAAACACAAUGCGAUCAACCUCGGCCAAGGCUUCCCGAAUUUCGACGGUCCAGAUUUCGUGAAAGACGCGGCAAUCCAAGCCAUCAAAGACGGUAAAAACCAAUACGCACGCGGCUACGGAAUCCCCGAUCUCAAUUCCGCCAUCGCUUCCCGAUUCCAAAAAGACACCGGAAUCACAAUCGACCCGGAAACCGAAAUCACCGUCACUUCGGGGUGCACCGAAGCAAUCGCCGCAACCAUCCUCGGCCUAAUAAACCCCGGAGACGAAGUCAUACUCUUCGCCCCUUUCUACGACUCAUACGAAGCUACACUCUCAAUGGCCGGAGCUAAAAUCACCUGCAUCACGCUCCAACCUCCCGACUUCGCCCUCCCUCUCGAGAAACUCAAAUCCAAAAUCUCGAAAAACACACGCGCGAUUCUUCUCAACACCCCGCAUAACCCAACCGGAAAAAUGUUUACAAAAGAAGAACUCGAACAAAUCUCGUUGUUAUGCAUUGAAAACGAUGUUUUGGUUUUUAGUGAUGAGGUUUAUGAUAAGCUCGCGUUUGAAAUGGACCAUAUUUCGAUCGCGAGCUUACCCGGGAUGUAUGAAAGGACGGUGACUAUGAAUUCCUUGGGGAAGACUUUUUCGUUGACGGGGUGGAAAAUCGGGUGGGCGAUCGCCCCACCGCACUUACUAUGGGGAGUCAAACAAGCGCAUUCAUAUCUUACGUUUGCGACGUCCACCCCGAUGCAGUAUGCCGCAGCGGUAGCAUUAAAUGCCCCGGAUUCGUACUAUGAGGAGUUGCGAAAGGAUUAUAAGGGUAAAAAGGAGAUUUUGGUGGAUGGGUUGAGGGCGGUUGGGUUUAGGGUGUUUCCGUCAAGUGGGACUUAUUUUGUGGUGGUGGAUCAUACUCCUUUCGGGCUUCCGGAUGACGUGGCGUUUUGUGAGUAUUUGAUUAAGGAAGUUGGUGUUGUGGCGAUUCCUACGAGUGUUUUUUAUUUGGAUAAAGAGGAAGGGAAGAAUCUUGUGAGGUUUACGUUUUGUAAGGAUGAGGGGACUCUUAGGAGUGCGGUUGAGAGAAUGAAGGAGCGGUUGGUCAAGAAGUGAGGCUGUUAUAUUAUGUUAUGUUAUGUACUUUGGGUGACCGUUAGUUUAUGACCUACAUUGGAGUUUUAUGAAUAAAAUGUGGUGAUUUGAAAAUAGUCAAAUACAUCUACCUUUGUUAACUAUGGCAUUUAUAUGAUGAUACACUUAUAAC